AUGGACGUCGUCGCGGCCGUCUCGGGCUACAUCUCCAAGAUGGUGACGGCCGGCGAGUCGGCCACGGGGUCUUCAUCCUCCAAGAUGAAGAUCCUGUUACUCGAUAGUGAGACAGUUCCGAUCGUCUCGACCGCCAUCACCCAGUCCGCUCUCCUUAAUCAUGAAGUCUACCUCAUCGACCGCCUCGACAAUGCCGCGCGGGAGAAGAUGCGACAUCUGCGCUGCUUGUGUUUCGUGCGCCCCUCUCCCGGAUCGAUUCAGCUGCUCAUAGAUGAGCUCCGCGAACCCAAAUAUGGCGAAUAUUAUAUCUAUAUGAGUAACAUCAUCCGCAAGUCAUCCCUCGAGCGGCUUGCCGAGGCAGAUAGCCAUGAGGUCGUCCAAUGUGUACAGGAACAGUUUGCCGACUUCCUGGUCAUAAAUCCGGACUUGUGUUCUUUGAACCUGAGCUCCCCUCUCUCGCACCUAUGGAGCCAAUCGCCUGACCUGUGGAAUCCCGAUUCCCUGCAGAGGACCACCGAGGGAGUUCUGGCCUUGCUUCUGUCGUUGAAAAAGAAUCCAUUGAUUCGAUACGAGAAGAACAGUCUUUUGGCUCGCAAGUUGGCUACCGAGGUCCGAUACCAUCUCACGCAAGAAGAGCAACUCUUUAAUUUCCGCCGGACGGAUACCCCACCUAUCCUGCUCAUUUUGGAUCGUCGCGAUGACCCUAUUACGCCACUGCUCACCCAAUGGACAUACCAGGCGAUGGUGCAUGAACUGCUCGGAAUAAACAAUGGCCGUGUCGAUCUUGGGAAUGUACCUGAGAUUCGACCGGAGCUCAAGGAGAUUGUCCUUGCCCAAGAUCAAGACCCCUUCUUCAAGAAGAAUAUGUACCAGAACUUCGGCGAUCUGGGCCAGAACAUUAAAGAAUACGUGCAGCAGUACCAAGUAAAGACGCAGACGAACAUGAAUAUCGAAUCAAUCGCCGAUAUGAAGCGAUUCGUGGAAGAUUACCCUGAAUUCCGCAAGCUCUCUGGCAACGUCAGCAAACACGUCACAUUGGUUGGUGAAUUGAGUAGACGUGUCGGAGAACAAACGCUGCUCGAUGUAAGUGAGUUGGAGCAGAGCCUGGCCUGCAAUGACAACCACUCCAAUGACCUCAGGUCCCUUCAACAAAUGAUCGCAUUACCGAACGUCCCCGCCGAGAAUAAACUGCGACUAGUAGCUCUCUACGCACUCCGCUAUGAGAAACAGCCAAACAAUGCUUUACCAAUCUUGCUUGACUUGCUGGUGACUGCUGGCAAUGUUCCCGCCAACCGAGUUAACACCAUUCCCAACCUUCUCGCCUAUCACCAUUCGCUUCAAGCCCCGCCAGUUGCCGGUGGAUUCACCGAUCUUUUCGAGUCAACUUCAUUCUUCUCCGGGGCCAGAGACCGAUUCAAAGGACUGAAGGGCGUUGAAAAUGUCUACACUCAGCACUCACCACGACUGGAAGUCACCCUUCAGAAUCUCAUCAAAGGUCGUCUAAAGGAGCUGCAAUACCCCUUCCUAGAAGGCAGCGGUCACACUCGAGAUAAACCGCAGGAUAUCAUCAUAUUCAUGGUUGGCGGCGUUACAUAUGAGGAGUCUAAGAUGGUGGCUCAGGUGAAUGCCAGCUCACCGGGUGUCGAAGAUGCCGUUGGCAGCUGGCCAGAGCCCGCUCCCACGACAGCUGCGGGACGGCUGCGACGGGAACUUGGACGAUAA